CAGGCAACCAAAUAAAAGGGUUUUUAUAGCCUAGAAUUUUGCCUGAGCUUGACUCAUAAUCACAUAAUUGUUUCCAGAUUAUAAUAUGAAUCGAAUUGAAAACACAUUCAUCUUUGAUUUUAGAAGAUCAAAAGAGGUGUAUGGCAACUUUAGACAGUUUUAUGCCAAGAAGUCGAUCCCCCCGCCUUACACUUUCAACAAGUCCUUAUCGAAUGAUGAAAAUUUAUCGAACUUGAGUAUUCAUUUGCUGGAUAGUCGGUCAUGUGCUUGUGACCUAUUUGCAUACAAACCAUUACUUAUUGAGCUGGUUGCAAGGCUCAUUUUUGACCCCCAACUAGAAAGAAAAUUUUUGAACCUCAAUAAUACAACCAAAGUUGUCGAAGGUUGUCAAGUUCUCUCAGCAUUAUCCUAUAUUUUAACAUACACACAAGAAAUUUCAACUUUGACCGAACAUUUUCUGAACUCAAAAGACUUUUUCAGCUCUUUGAAAAACUGUAUCAAGACCGUACCUCAACCAGAACUACAGACUUUUCUUUUGUCAUUUUAUAGAUUAUUAGUCGCAGAUAAACAAAGGUUCCAGAAGUUCAUAGAUCCUCAAACUUUGCAUUUAUUGGUGACCGAAGAAGCUACAUCGAACAUAAACAGAUACAUUUCUAUCCAAAUACUUUCAAACAUCCUCUUUUUUUCUGAGGAGGUCAAGUAUAAGACAAUCGAGGAGCAUGUUAAUCAGAAUGACCUUGUCGGCACUUUUGAUGGUGACGAAAACAUCAAUUUCAAAUUCCUUUCGGUGUUUGAAGCUCAAAGAUUAUCAAAUUUCUCGAAAUUUUGCCCUCUGGAAGAUUGCUUUAUUGAAUCAUCUUCCACUGUCACUUUCAGGGAGUCAGAGUUAUCACUUGGUGUUAGCAUAAUUUCUGGAAUAAUUGUUCCUAAUCUAUUAUCACUCGAAUCGAGUAUCCUGCCAUCAAUAUCUCAGCAACCUGGAUUUGUGGAGCUUUCGAAGUCUUUGCAUGCCAUUAGAUCAUUCUCUACGUUGAUCAAAACCUCUCGACCAAUUUUACUGGCUGGUUCUGCUGGAAGCGGAAAAACAUUCUUGGUCGAUGAGAUGGCCAGACGAUUGCAUAUCGAAGAUUUGAAUAACUUGGUCAAAAUUCAUCUAAACCAACAAACAGACUCAAAAUCUUUAUUGGGAACAUACACUUCAGGAACAAAACCAGGGACUUUUGAAUGGAAAAAUGGUGUUUUGACCACUGCAGUCAAAGAAGGUAAAUGGGUUCUUGUUGAGGAUAUAGACAAGGCACCUAAUGAGGUUUUAUCUAUUUUAAUGAGUUUACUAGAGCACAGAGAAAUCACAUUACCUUCAAGAGGUGAGGUAUUGAAAGCGGGUAAUGGGUUCCAGUUGAUUUCUACUAUUAGAACCACUUCAACUUCUACUGAUGAUGAAAUUCAUUUUCCCGACAUUAUUGGUUUACGUUUGUGGAACAUUUUACAGCUGCAAGAUUUGGAUGAAAAAGAUUUGAAGACGAUUUUGAAAUCCAAAUUUCCACUACUUACUCGCUACACUGACCUCUUCAUCAAAUGCUAUUUUGAGGUAAGGAAUAUCAGCAAUUCUCGCAAAUUUGUUUCAAUGAAUAAGGGUGCUCAACCGAGACAAAUUUCAAUUAGAGACUUGAUGAAAUUCUGUCGUAGGAGCGAACAUAUAUUCGAGCUUCAAGAUAUCAAAACUGCAGAUGACCUUAUCCACGACGAUGUUUUUGAUACCAUUUUUCAAGAGGCAAUUGCUUGUUUCACCAGUGCGAUUGUUGAACGUGACCCUAUCGAAUGUUUGAUAAAAGAGAUUGGUUCCAUUCUCGAAAUUCCAACAUCCAGAAUCAAUUUUCAACUUUCAAGGCACGUUCCUGUCAUAGAUAAUUUUGACAACGCUUUGAAGGUUGGCCGUGCCUAUAUGAAGAAACACACAAUGAUCGGUUUGAACAAAUAUCAACAUAAAGUUGCAAUCGGUAACACCACUUCAUUUGCAACAACAAAUCAUUCUGCAAGAUUGAUGGAAGAGGUAGGUGUGGCAAUAUCAAUGUGUGAGCCAUUACUUUUGGUAGGUGAAACUGGUACAGGUAAGACUACAGUGGUUCAGCAAAUGGCAAAACUGUUGAAUAAAAAAUUGGUAGUCAUCAACUUAUCGCAGCAAACCGAAGUUGGUGAUUUGUUGGGAGGUUUCAAACCAAUAAAUGCUAAAACAAUUGCACUUCCACUAGAGGAGGACUUUGAGCAGUUAUUUGCAAGAUCUUUUUCUGCUAAAAACAAUGAAAAAUUUCUGAAGUUGCUAUCGAAGUGUUUCAACAAGUCUCAAUGGAAAAACGUUUGCAGGCUUUGGAAAGAAGCAUACAAAAUGGCAAAAUCCACCUUUUCAAAGUCUCCAUUGGAGGGCGAGAGAAAUGUCAUUGAAGAAGAAGAGGAAGGAAAGAAGAAAAAGAGAAAACUUAAUGACUACGAGAAGACCGAGUUAAUGAAAGAGUGGAAGGUUAUUCAGUCAAGGGUAAAUAAUUUUGAAAAGCAAAUAGUGGACAUGCAAAAUUCAUUUAUAUUCAAAUUUGUGGAAGGCUCCUUAGUAAACGCAGUGAAAAAAGGAGAUUGGUUAUUACUGGAUGAAAUGAAUUUGGCAGCACCAGAAACUCUAGAUAGCAUAUCUGAUUUAUUGGCUGAGUACCAAGCUCAAAGGAGCGUUUUAUUGUCCGAAAAAGGUGAUGCAGAAAGUAUCAAAGCUCAUCCUGACUUUCGUAUAUUUGGUUGCAUGAAUCCUGCUACAGAUGUGGGUAAAAAAGAUUUAUCUCAAAGUAUUAGAUCUAGAUUCACAGAAAUUUAUGUUGUCUCACCUGACCAGGACAUUCAAGAUUUGUUAAUGAUUAUUGAUAAGUAUAUCGGAAAAUACGCACUUUCUGAUGAGUGGAUUGGAAAUGACGUUGCCGAGUUAUAUUUGAAGGCUAAAAAACUAUCAGAUGAUAAUGCAAUUGUUGAUGGUGCAAACCAAAAACCUCAUUUCAGUAUUCGUACUUUGACCAGAACAUUAGUAUAUGCAAGAGAAAUUGCAUCUAUAUAUGGUUUGCGGAGAGCCUUAUAUGAAGGUUUUUGCAUGUCUCUUUUAACUUUGUUAGAUGCUAGGUCGGAGAAACUUCUUAUGCCAGUUAUUCGGAAGUAUACCAUUGAGAGACUCAAAAAUGCUAAAUCAGUACUAUCCCAAAUACCCUCAGAUCCAUCCACAAAUACGGCUCAGUUCAUUCAAUUUGGGCAUUACUGGAUGCGUAAAGGCUUGGAAAUGGUCGAGCCACAAAGUCAUUAUAUCCUAACUCCAUUUGUUGAGAAAAAUAUGAUGAAUUUAGUUCGUGCCACAAGUGGUGGAAAGUUUCCAGUUCUUAUUCAAGGCCCAACUUCUGCUGGUAAAACGUCAAUGAUCAAUUAUUUGGCUAAAAUCAGUGGUCACAAGUUUGUUCGUAUCAACAACCACGAGCAUACAGAUUUACAAGAAUAUUUGGGUACAUAUGUUUCUGACGAUAGCGGAAAACUAGUUUUUAGAGAAGGUAUUUUGGUCGAUGCACUACGUCAUGGUCAUUGGAUUGUUUUGGAUGAGUUGAAUUUAGCUCCUACUGAUGUUUUGGAAGCUUUAAACCGUUUGCUUGAUGACAAUCGAGAGCUUUUUAUACCAGAAACUCAAGAAAUAGUGAGACCUCAUCCCGACUUUAUGCUUUUUGCGACCCAGAAUCCGCCAGGAUUAUACGGCGGUAGAAAAGUGCUUUCUAAAGCUUUUAGAAAUAGAUUCUUAGAAUUACAUUUUGAUGAUAUUCCUCAAGAUGAGCUUGAAGUUAUCCUCAGAGAAAGGUGUAAAAUUGCUCCGUCAUAUGCCAAAAAAAUUGUUGAUGUAUACAGAGAGUUAGGAAUCAAACGUCAAUCAGCAAGGCUAUUUGAGCAAAAAAACUCUUUUGCCACUUUAAGGGAUUUAUUUAGAUGGGCACAACGUGAAGCCGUAGGAUAUGAACAAUUGGCUGCAAAUGGAUACAUGUUGUUAGCCGAAAGGGUAAGAAGACCUGAAGAAAAAAUAGUGGUGAAAGAAGCACUUGAAAAAGUCAUGAGGGUGAAGCUCGAUAUGAGACAGUACUAUUCUGAUCUGGAAAUUCCUGAACUGCUGGAACUUGAAGGUCCCGUUAUUUGGACCAAAGCAAUGAGAAGGCUAGCUGUGUUGGUGAUAACUUCAAUGCAAAACAAUGAACCGCUUCUAUUGGUUGGUGAAACUGGUUGCGGUAAAACUACUGUUUGUCAAAUGAUUGCCAAGUUUUUUAAGAAGGAAUUAGUGAUUGUCAAUGCUCACCAAAACACUGAAACAGGAGAUUUAUUAGGUGCACAGAGGCCAGUACGUAACCGUUCAGAUUUACAAAUCAAAUUUGUUCAAACUCUCAGAGAUAUUGCUUCAAGACAUGGUGAGAUUAUUGACCCCAAAAUAACUUUCAAUGAAUGUGUCCUGCUCUGGAAAAAGUUGGAAUUGUCAAAUAAGUUUUCAGCAGAAGAUUCCGAGAUAAUAAACAAGGUUAAAAGAGAUUGCGAAUCUUUGUUCGAAUGGAAUGAUGGUCCACUUGUCAGUGCAAUGAAAGGUGGGGCAUACUUUUUACUCGAUGAGAUCUCCCUUGCCGAUGAUUCAGUGUUGGAAAGAUUGAAUUCUGUCCUAGAACCUGAAAGAUCUUUGCUACUCACCGAGAAAGGAUCUGGUGAUAUAUUUGUUACUGCCCAUCCUGGUUUUCAGUUUUUGGCAACAAUGAAUCCUGGUGGGGAUUACGGUAAAAAGGAGUUGUCACCUGCUUUGAGAAACCGUUUCACCGAAAUUUGGGUACCCUCAAUGGAGGAUUUUGAAGACGUUAGGCAAAUAGUGUCUUCCAAGUUAGGUCCAGAUGUCAAACAUUUGACUAAUCCAAUUGUUGAGUUUUCCAAGUGGUAUGGAAACAAAAUGGGAGGUGGUGACCCUUCUAGCGGAGUUUUGUCUUUGAGAGACAUCUUGGCUUGGAUUACUUUCAUAAACACUGCACGAGAGAAAGGGAUACCAGAAAUGGCUGCUUUGCUUCAUGGUGCAAGUAUGGUGUUCAUUGAUGCUUUAGGUACUCACAACACAGCAUACCUUGCUGAGAAUGAAGAGAAUUUGAGGAAAGCUAAGCUUGAGUAUGUGAAGAAACUAUCAGAGUUUGCCAACUAUGAUUUGAUACCGCUUUUUAGCUCCAAUAUUGAAAUAAGACUAUCUGAUUCUUUGCUUACGUGUGGUGUCUUCAGCAUCGAAAGACGAUCCAGUGCUCCUCAAGCUGAUUCAUUCAAUCUUAAAGCACCUACAACCGCUUCUAAUGCUGCAAGAGUAGUUCGAGCCCUACAGGUACAAAAACCAAUUUUGCUUGAGGGUAGUCCAGGAGUAGGGAAAACUUCAUUGAUUACUGCGUUAGCAUUAGCUACGGGCAAUGAAUUGACACGUAUCAAUUUAUCUGAACAGACUGACUUGAUUGACUUAUUUGGAUCCGAUUCUCCGGUUGAAGGUGGGCAAGCUGGCGAGUUUGUUUGGAGAGAUGCUCCAUAUCUAAGGGCUAUGCAAAAAGGUGAAUGGGUUUUACUGGAUGAAAUGAAUUUGGCAUCACAAUCCGUAUUAGAGGGUUUGAACGCAUGUUUAGACCACAGAGGUGAAGUUUAUAUUCCAGAACUCGACAAAUCAUUUAUAAGUCAUCCAGACUUCAAAGUUUUUGCUGCUCAAAAUCCUCAACUUCAAGGUGGUGGAAGAAAAGGUCUUCCAAAGUCCUUUAUCAACAGAUUCAGUGUCGUUUACGUUGACAUGCUUACUGGUGCCGAUUUAAAGUUGAUUGCACAACACCUUUAUCCAUCGCUGAAUUCAGAGAUGAGUGGUAAGUUAAUAUCGUUCAUGUCUAAGCUGGAGGAAGAGGUUGUGAUCAAGAGACAAUGGGGAUCAUCAGGUGCACCAUGGGAAUUCAAUUUAAGAGAUACUUUACGUUGGUUAUCUUUAAUUGAGACCAAGGGAGUAACCAACAAUGUUUUUCCUUCUGACUUUUUUGAGUUAGUGGUGAGACAAAGAUUUAGGACUGAAAAGGAUAAGCAACACGCAAGCAACUUGUUCAAGUCAAUUUUUGGAGGAAUAGAGAAGAAAGAUCCUUAUUACAUGAUUGAUACAGGCUACAUACAAUGUCAAAAUGCUUUCAUUCAGAGGAAUAAUUUAUUACACUAUCAAUGUGAUGCUAAAAUCUCUCAUCUUCAGUGCAACGUUCCAAUUUUGGAGACCAUAUUUCGAUGUAUUCAACAAGCAUAUCCGUUAAUUUUAGUUGGUAGUUCUGGAUCUGGUAAAUCUAGUUUGAUCAAGUUUGCCGCAGACGUUGUUGGAUCCAAAGUGUACGAAUUUUCAAUGAAUAGCGAUAUUGAUAGUAUGGACAUUUUGGGAGGUUAUGAGCAAGCCGACUACUCAAGAACCCUUGCACGCUAUAACAAUGAAAUAUCCGAAAGCUUACUAAAAGUAGUGGCAAUAAAUGCCUACUUGUCUGCACCUAAGAACGUCAAUGCUGUACAACUUGCUACAAAGCUACUAAAGAUACUGAAUGUGCAAAGUCUAACUCUUGCCAAUGUUAAAAAAGUUCUGGAGCAAUUGCUACGUUUGACUGAGUUCUAUCAGAGUGACAACAUCUUGAACUUGAUCCAGGAUUUACGUGAAAUCGAUAAUUCUGUUUCAAGUGACAACCUGAAUGCCAAUUUUGAGUGGUUUGAUGGGCUUCUUGUUGAAGCAGUUGAAAAAGGAUACUGGUUGAUUUUAGACAAUGCAAACUUGUGCAGUCCUUCAGUUCUUGACCGUUUGAAUUCUUUAUUAGAAACAAACGGGAUGCUCAUCAUCAAUGAAUGUACUAAUGACGACGGAACUCCAAGGGUAAUUAAAACUCACCCACAAUUUAGAUUAUUCUUAACUUCUGACCCAAAAUAUGGGGAGUUAUCAAGAGCAAUGAGAAACAGAUCGGUCGAAAUAUAUGUUGAGCCUUUAAAAGAAAGAGCUACCAAGAUUGAUAGACAAGUCUUAGGCAUGUGUCCGAAUACACUUGAAAAUGUUGCUUUAAGUGAGAAAGUAAAUUCCCUGGAUAUAAAAUCUCCAAGCAAGACACUGACGAGCUUUGUGGCUGUGAAUGAUAGCCGCUCGAUGAAUGUCUCUUCUUUCCUUGACUACUACAAUGCAGCACAAUUUAUCGGUAACAAAUUUGUUCCAUCUACAUUUUUGCAGUUCAUCAAUAUUUCUUCUGUCCCAUUGAUUCUCGAAUUGAUCUCUGCACCUUCUAUUUCUUCAGAAUUUUCAGAUCCAUUGUUGCUAGAAAAGUUCAGACUCAAAACUCAAUUUCUAGUAGACUCCGGGCUUAUUGAUGCAGUGCUAAAAUUGUACAAGAAAUCAUGUACAGCUUCCCCUCUUUUAUCAAGUUCUGCUUAUGCUGACGAAUCAAAGUAUCCUGUGUCUGCUUUGACAAAUGAGUCCCUCUAUCCGCUAAUAAAAGCUGAGAUCCCUCAUGCAAUUUCACGUGAAACUUCCUUUCUGUUUAUUGUUUUGACGAUGCUUUCUGAUGCUUUCAUAUUCAUGAAAAGCUUACAUGAUAAGGCUGAAGUUGUAAAUGCAUCUGUUAUGAAUCCGUUAGAACAACUUGCGGCAGUUUCCUUAGGAAGAGAUUUAAAAAAGAUACCACCAAUCAAUGUUUAUAAAUGGAUAGUGGAAGUUCUUACUUUUGUCAAUGAUCAGUUUUCAGAACUUGUGAGAAGCCAAAGUUUAUUGCACUCUGCGGAACGCUUUGAAUCGCUUUUCAAGUUGACUGUACUUUGGAAUAACUUUCUUGCUGCAUCUUCUUCGAUGAAUCAGACCGCAAUUCGUGUUUAUCAGGAUGAUCUAAUUGACUGGUUUGAAGGGCAUCACAGCAAAUUCAAUUCUACAAUGACCUUAAAAUUGGGUAAUUUUAUCACGGAUUUCAACAGCCAGCUGAAAAUGUCUACAGGUUCUUCUAUGACAUUAAUAUGGAAUGCAUGCAGGGGAACAUACCCACAAACUGCAUCCGCCUGGAAAAAUUAUGAGCUACUAUUAAAGGUGGCAAAUGAUUUUGAUAGAGUUGCUUAUGAGCAAUUUCCCGAAAACAUAGGGAAUGUGAACGAAUUUAGAAAAAUGUUCAUCAGCCUUUUUGAUGCUUGCAUGGAAAAAACUCAGCAAGAUGACUUUUGCGAGAUACUUGAGAAUAUGAAGCUUAGAAUAAAUGAGCUUUCCAGCAUUUCCGAAUCAUUUUUGUCAAAAAGAGCGCAUCCAUUUGAGGAGUAUUUCGUAAGUUUGAUUGGAUUCAUUGAAUCGAAGCUAACUUUUGACACAUCUGCAGUUAAAUUAGACUCCGAGACGUUGUCGUUGUGUUUGUUAGCAAACAAGAGAACCGAGGACCUGAUUGAUCAUGAAAAUACAGAAUUGUUCAAGCCAUUCCCUAAAAUAUUCAGAUCACUUUGGAACUCAAACGGCUCUUUGCAGUUACCUUUAUUUGAUGAUAAAUUUUUGAAAUCGACUAUGAGUCUAGUUUCCGAAAUAGAAACGACCAAAGGUGGAAAUAUUGAUCAGACUCUUUUCGAUAUGAAACUUUUCAUUUCGAGUCUAUUAAAUCACUCGCAAGAGGUUCUAGCCGACCACACGAUUUACUUUGCGUCCAUUCUUCAAAAAUGGAUAGCUUUUAUCAGUGAAAUUCAUAUUGAUCUACUUGAAUCGAAGGAAGUACAGAAACUCGUUAAAUGUGAUUUUAGAAGCUGCUCUGCAGAAUCUCUUACCAAGUACUGCAACGUUUUUAGAAAGUAUGGAUAUACUGCAUAUGCCGACAUUUUUGAAACUUACUUCAUGCCAUCUUUGCUCAACUUAGUAAAAGUAUCGAGAAAAAGAAUUUUAGGUGAGUGCUUUCUCCUCACUGCUUGUGGAUUUAUCAUGCUCUACAUGCCAGAUUCAGCUUAUGAUCCAGCAGCAGUUGAUCAUAUCCUGUACAAUGACUUCUUAGAACUACAGAAAUUGAUUGCAAACAUCAAGGAGUCAUUCGAUAUGGCUAGAACUCAGUUUUUUGGCGACAGCGCAAUUACAGCUGAGAAGUAUUUGCCUCAAGUAGAAUCAAAUUCUAUUACUGAAGUUCCACGGGUUUUUCGAGACUCACGUCCUACAGAAAAGCUCUUUGAAGAGUGGCACCAAUUCUUUUCAUCCUACGUUGAUAAGGAGCACAUUAAUUUCAUGUUGAAAACAGCCAGCGAAAUUAGUGAAAAAGCUAAUUCUCAGAUCAAUAACUUCAUGAAAAAUGCUACUUAUUUUGUGUUACGUUUGAAAGAGAACCAUUUGAGGUUUUCUGAUUUAAAUGACAUUCUAGCAGGUUUUGUUGAUGGGUUAAAACUUGGACUCUUCCUAAUGCAUGAAGGGGCUAGAGAAUCUUCAAUUUCUUCUCCAAGUUCACUUUGGAUCUCAGACGCAUCCGUAAUUUAUUCUCCAUUGAGGUUGCGUUUUACAUUUGAAUCCACUCAAGAAGCAGUUCGUAAAGUUUCAGUCAAUGACUUUGAUGCUGAAAGAAUUUAUGCUUAUCUUCUCCUUCUCUUUAAAUCUCCAUCCCACACAAAUAUUGAUGGUGAUCCUGAAACAUUCAAUGAAAUUUUAAUGGCAUUAUAUUACAGAUGGUCAUUGAGAGUACUAAAAGAGCAAGAGAAGGAAUCUAAUGAAACUGGUAUUUACAAGUUUGCUGACUCUGCCAUGGAUGCUGAAGCUGAUUUUAGAAAGCUUUUUCCGGAUUCAGACCAAAUCAUGGACCUUAGUGCUUCGGGAAGCAUUGCAUCAAGCGAAGAUUCGUCUGACGUGUACUAUGCCAUAGCCAAAGCAUACAUGGCGAAGUUCAAUUCCGAUUCUGUCGUUUCGGCGGAAGAUAUCUCGAAUGCAUCCAUUGAUGCAUUCCAGUCCCUUAAAAGAGUACAGAAGGUAUCAGCUAGUGCUAAGAACUCAGCUUCUACUUUAAUCACCAUUUUCUCCUUGUUGAAUAAAUCUUAUGAGCAAUUCGGUACUACAAAAAAAUCAUCAGAAAUUGAUUUUUAUCAUGGCUAUGAUUUUUCUCAAACAAGGACUGCAGUUUCAGUUAUAAGAAAAGUUCAAAUAUCUGUUGCUGAGCUAUUAAAAAAAUGGCCGGAACAUGCUACUUUAUCUGAGUUAUUCAGAAUCUGUACAGAGUUUAUGGAAUAUUCAUCAUCAACACCUAUAUUUAGGCUUCUAGCUAAAACCGAACAGAUUUUCACUUUCAUUGCCGAGUGGGAAAAGUAUGCGCACUCAGGGGUAUCUAUGGCUUCUCUUUAUCGCUCAGUUUCAGAGUUGAUUGUCUCAUGGAGACAGUUGGAGUUGGCUUCUUGGAAACAAGUUUUUGUGAAUGAGGAAAUGGCAAUAAAGAAGCGUAUCGGAAAAUGGUGGUUUUAUUUGUUUGAAACUAUUAUUGUUCCGGCAAUGAACAACGAAAUCUACGACGAAGAACUGGAGGUAAAAAUACUUUCCGCCAUAAAUAUUUUCUUAUCCCAAGCCACAUACGGUGAGUUGUCAUACAGGUUAGAUCUGUUGAUGGCUUUUGCCAAGCAUCUUGAGAGAUUAGCUCCCGAAUUAACUCUCAGAUCCUCUUUACUGAAUAUAAUUACAUUUUUUGAGCAAUUUUUGGGUCAGAUCAGUGAUUCAAUUAGUGCAACCAGAAAGGAUUUGGAAAAGAAGGUCACUGAAAUUAUUUUAUUAGCAAGUUGGAAGGACAUUAAUAUUGACGCGUUGAAGCAAAGCUCACGUCGUUCCCAUAAUAAUUUGUACAAAAUUAUCAGGAAAUACCGUGACCAGUUGAUGAAACCUGUUAAACCAUUAAUUGAAGAAGGUUUAUCAUCAUCAAACAAAGUUGAUUUUAAAAUGACAAUUUCAGUGAAAACAACGAUUAAGUUACCUGCAGAUAUUUCCCUGGUUAAUCGGCUAUGUUCUGAAGUAAGUGCAUGGACUGAAAGAAAUACAAGAUUGAAAGACAGUACUCGAGUUGAGAAAAACAUGAGAGUCUAUGUAUCUGACAUUGAGUCAGUUGAGUUUAAAAGUUUGCAUGAUUAUGCUAAAAACAUCAUAGAAAGGGCCGAAUACUUGAGGAAGGAAACGCCAAGUAUUUACACAAAGGAGAACAAAAAGAUAAUUGGAUCUCUCAAAAAUGAGAAGCAUAAGUUGUUAAGUGAUACAAUUAAAGAUUUAAAAACUAUGGGUCUCAGGUUAUCUAUGACUGCUGAUGUUCAAAGUGCUCUCCCAUAUGUCACUGCCAUCCUUGCAACCUCUCAAUCUCUUGAAGGUACAUCUUUCUGUGAUUGUGACGCAUUCUAUUUUAGAAUCCUAGACCUUCUUCCAAGAUUGAGAGUUUCUGUUGCCGAAGUGCAUGCUGAUAUCAAGCCCUCAGACUCACAAAAAUGUCUGGCAGCUUCUGAGAAUCUGCUGUUUAUGCUGGUGAAAAAUAGAAAUGUACUUGUUAGAUUCAGCAAGUUUAACUCUUCUUUGAAGCAAGUCUUGUCAAGCUUAGAGAAAAUAUCAAUUGAUAGUUCAAAUAAGCUAUUGCCAUGCUCUCAAUUUAGAAAUGCUGAGCAGCUGAAAAAAGAUGCUAAUUCUCUGAAACAACAGCUUCCUUUCAUUUUGCGCUAUGCAUUGGAUUCCCUACAGAAAGCUUCAGUCUUUACUCAGGAAAGUUACGACGUAUCUGUUUUCAGCGACGCUUUGAAUUCAAUUACAAAGCAUAACGUAUCUCAACUUCAACUUAUUGGAUCCGAUGAUUAUGAGCAUAUGAAGAGUCUGCACUUAUUUUUUGAGAACUUUAUCCUGGAUUUAAACUCAUGGAAACUAAAAAACAUCAAAGUAUCUUUUGUUGCCGAUUUUAUUCUUGAAUGGAUUUCAGCUCAAGAAUUUACUUUUAACACAAGCUAUGAAAUCGAAAGCACGAAUUUCAACAUUGAAUCACUCGAGCAAUCUUUGCGUGAGCUAUUCAAUUCAAUUUUAGUGUCUGUCCAAAGAAUUCAUAAAUUCACUUUCAAGGCAGAAAACGAUGAUGAAACUGAUGCCGAAAUUAACUGGCUAACUUUGUCUAACGAAAGACUGCUCAAGUUUGUUGAUCUGCUAUAUCCAGUAUCUGUGAUGAAAAAAUUCAACAACUCCAUUAAGAUUCUACAAAGUAUUGAAUACGAUGAACACGAAUGCUUAAUUGCCGCCGCAAUGGUUGAGCACAUGCUUCCUAUCAUUCAACAUUACUUUAACUUGGUUCAAAUUAUAGAAGAAAAAUUGAAGGCAAGUUACAUUGAUAUCUCAAGAGGUGCAUUUGAGCUUUCCACAAUUUUGCAUAACAUUUGCUCCAAAGGAUUUUGCCAACCUGAACCUCCAUCUGAUGAAAAAGAGGAUAACAAUUUGAAGGAAGGUACAGGAUUGGGUGAUGGUGAAGGAGCGCAGAAUAAUUCUAAUGAUAUUGACGAGGAUGAAGAUUUGAGCGAGCAAGCACAGCAGCCGAAUGAAGAAAAAAAUAAAGACGAUCAGGAUCAGGAAGAAAAUAAUGAUGCUGUUGAUAUAGAAGGUGAUAUGGCUGGAGAUUUGGAAAAUGCGUCCGAUCAAGAGAAUGAUGAUGAAAAUGAAGAGGAAAAAGAGGAUAACGAAGACCUAGAUGAGGAGAUUGAUGAUUUGGACGACUUAGAUCCGAAUGCUAUUGACGAUAAGAUGUGGGAUGAAGAAGCCGCUUCAAACUCCAAAGAAAAAGAAUCUGAACAAUUACCAGAUGAUUCCAAACAAGAUAAUGAUAUGGAAGCGAUGGAGGAUGAACCUGAGGACAAACAAAAUGAAACGGAGGGAGAUAAAGAUACUGAUCCCCCAGCAAAUGAUGAUGAAAAGAUGGAAGAUGAUCAGGAGGCAGAUGAGGAAGAAGAUGUCGGAGAACAAGAAGGAAGCCUGCAGAUGAUGAAGGAACUGAGGAGGAUCAAGAAGAAGAUAAUGCUGAAGGUGAUGCAGAUGACAUGGAAGUUAAUGAUGAAGAAAUUAAUGAAGACGAAGGCGUAGAGGCUUCUGACCAAGAAUUACAAGAAGGCGAAGAAGAUCGUGAUGAAAAGGAAGAUAAGGUUGGAGAAGAAAAUGACAAUCAAGAUGAGAUAGAAGGUUUAGAGAAUGCCGAAACUGGAGCCAACAAUGCUGAUGAUGAAUCUGCUGUCAAGCAACAAUCAGGAUUGAAAUCUGAAGGUGCAGACGCAAAUGCAGAUGAAGAAAAUGAAAAUGUCGGUGCAAGCAAUGGUGGAGC